UCGGUCGCCUGUUAUCCCCGUCUCUCUCACCCUCGUCCAGAGCAAAUGCUCGCUCACUUAUAGCUUCGCGAUCGUGUCAUUAGCUAAUUGAGCAUCAGUAAAACCACACUUUGUGCCUAUAAGGAGAAAAUGGGGAAAAAAAUACUGCAUUGGUAUUAGAAUAUCUGUAAAACUGUUAGAAAGUGUUAACAAAUGAUCAUUUAUCUAAAAUUUAAAUAAACGAAGGGACAAAAUAAAUAUUUAAGGGAAAAGUCCUAUUUACUGAUUUGAACAAUUGAAGAACGAUAUAUUUCAGCAGUGUGAAUUAAAAAUGAAAAAGUGUUAUAAUAAAUUUAUAAAAUAAAAUGAACAGAUAUGCAGUGUAAUAGUUUACUCAACAAAAUGACAAGUAUUACUGAAAAUAAAUGACAACAGAUUUAAGCUAAUUUUUUACUCUCUAAAAGAUGUAAAUAGAUUAGGGAAGCAGGAAAGCUAGGCAUAUUUUAGCUAGCUACAUGAGGGCUCAAGUCUAUGAAGGCUUCGUUGGAGGUGGAUAACGCAGCCAGACUGCCAGAUCCUGUAAUCCACCUCGUACCAGAAGCGAGUGAUUACACUCCAAUCCAUGGCGUGUAACUCACUUCCGAUUGAAUGCACUCUGACCCACAUUCAGCGCCCAACCCCGUGACCCACCUCAAGAACCCGAACCCUGGGUCCCAGCUCCAGUGCCACAGUGCCAAACAUUGUGACCUCCUCCAAGUGGAAGGAAUAGCGAGAUGCCCCGCGUGACCUCUCUCCGGAGAGUCAGUUUUCUCCUCUACGCGAUCACUCUCAGUGUAAAAGUGUUGGUGGUGCUGAGUGACGAACAGGAAUACCGCCUCACCCGCUACCUCAUGGCCAACUACGAUGCCUCGGUGCGACCAGCGAGGAACUCCUCCGAGGCACUAUCCGUCAUCUUCGGCCUCUCCCUUCACAGCAUAAUUGACGUGGAUGAGAAGAACCAGAUCCUGACUACUAACUGCUGGCUGACGCAGAUUUGGCAUGAUGCUCAUCUCACCUGGAACGCUUCCGACUUCGGAGGCAUCCAGGUCAUCAGAGUUCCUUUCCAGAGGGUCUGGAAACCGGAUAUUAUACUUUAUAACAAUGCAGACUCCCAGUACUCUGCGGCCACUAUCAACACCAAUGUCAUUGUGACCUCGGGCGGAGAGGUGACCUGGCUCUCCCACGGGAUCUAUCGCUCGUCUUGCGACAUGAACGUCGAAUACUUCCCCUUUGACAUUCAGUCCUGCAAGAUGAUGUGGGCUUCUUGGACUUACGACGGGUAUCAGCUUGACCUGAACAAGCAGAUGGACGAGGGAGACAUGUCUAACUACAAGUCCAACGGAGAGUUCGACCUGGUAGAGUUCACGGCGGCCAAGAACACUACUUUCUACUCCUGCUGUCCGGAGCCUUACCCUGAUAUUACCUACACUAUAAAACUCAGGCGUCGACCCAUGUUUUAUGUCUUCAACCUCAUCCUGCCCUGCGUCCUCAUCAACGGCAUUGCGCUGCUGGUGUUCUACGUCCCCAGUGAGUCAGGGGAGAAGGUGACUCUGGGUAUCUCUGCGCUUCUCUCCAUGACAGUCUUUCUCAUGACCAUCCGGGAGUCGCUGCCCCCUACAGAGAAGACACCUCUUAUAAGCAUGUAUUACGGGGUUACCAUCUGCCUGGUGAGCUUCGCUUCGGGCAUGUCAGUGGUGACCCUGAAUAUCCACCACCGAGGAGUGAGAGGGACAGAGGUGCCUCGCCUGGUGAAGAUGGUGGUGUUAGGAUGGCUAUCCAAGCUAGUCUUCCUCCACUUCGAGCCUUCAGAGGGACCAAUAGAUGACAAAAACAUUCAUCUCAACGAUCUGAGGCCUGAACGCAGCAACAGGAUGGACUCCAUCAGCGCCGAGAAACUCCACAUGACCGACCUGGAUAACGUGGACCACUUUAGCGUAUCACCGAGGUUCAACCCCAGAAGACACGUCACCCCCAAUAAUGAUCCAACGCCCACAGCGACCCUCACAGCAACACAAACCUCAGACUUCGAGAGUCAGUUCAUGCGAGUACUCAACAAGGUGUACCACACCAUAGAGAAGAAUGAAAUGAGACUCGGGGAGCAGGAUAGGAAAGAAGCCACGCGUGUCGAAUGGCAGCAGGUGGCGCUGGUGUUCGACCGUGUCCUGCUCGCCUGCUUCCUGCUCUCUACUGUCAUCGCUACCACCACCAUCCUCUUCUCGUCGCCACACGGACCUUGACGUCACCUCAGCGCCCUCUUCAGCCGGAGUAGCGAGACACCUGUCCCUUCACACAAGGACUAGCGGUUCGCGAUAAUGCCCAAAGGAUGUGUUUACUGUACUGAGAGAUUAUCUGUUACUUCCUUUGUUCAUGUUUGGUUUCAGCGUGUCGCAGCGGGUUCAUGCAACACGCUACUGGGGCUCCAGCAACGAGCUGGAGAUAUUGAAGCAAGUCAUGCAACUUGUAAUCCGUUGUAGCAGUGGACUGGCCCAAGGAGGUGUGUUUAUCUGUCCUCUCCUGACUGUGCUUCCACGAGUGAAGAUAAAUGUUCCUCGACGACGGCCUCCACAGAAGUGUGGAUCGUGGGUUGUUUGGCAGUGAUUAAAGGCGCAACUUGAAGUCGUGAUCUCUUACUUGGAAUACAAGUUUAGCGUACAUGAAAGCCCUUUCAUACACUAUCACUGCUUCAUAUAAGUUCACCCCCCCGCCCUCCAUACAACCUUUUUCCUUUCCAAACCCUGGUUUCAUAUACCUUGGCCCCUAGGUAUACUUUGGCCCUUUCAUACACACUGGCUUCCUUUUUUAUACACUGGCCCUCUACAUACACCUUGGCCCGUUUUAUACUCCUUGGCCCUUCCAUGGACUCUGACCACAUAUAUUUAACAAAGCCAUUUCCCAUAUGUACGAGAACCUAACAACGGAACAUGAUGAGUGGAAAGUUGUUGAUCACCAUAACCCAUUAUAUUAUUACAACUAAUGAUAUAUCUCUCCAUUUUACCCCUCUUACAGCUGCGAGAUGUUCACCGUUAUAACGAUGAAAUCAUGUGAUAUAUUGACAUACUGAAGACCAUGAGACAAUAAUUAAUUACAGAAAAUGUUGAAAUAUGCAUUGUAUGUACGCAUGAAAGAUUCUCGAUAGCAUACUAGCGUUUCCUGCACCGUUAACUGAACGAGCUUGCUGCUCGAAGUUACAGUGAAUAAAUAUACCCUUGAGUGUGUUAUAUUUAUACAGCAAUCAACUCAUCAACUCAUUUUGUUGAUGAUUUAAAUUUCUUAAACUUCGUGACUGAGAAUAUGUUAUCAGAUUGUUUGAAGAGAAUUUGAAAAUAAUGACAUUUAUAUAAGACAAAUUGGCUCUUACGAAGGAGCUCCAAUAUAUCUGAAGUAUAGAAGAUAUUACUUCAAAUUUUCUUAUAAGUUAGCGUUCAUGUUAAUAUAAUUUGUAUUAAUUUUUACCAAUUAAUUUUUCCCAUAAUUCUCACACUUUAUUUCCUAAUCAUAAUAUAUCAUUAUUUUUAAAUAUCUGCAUUUCUUUAAUGUGACUUUAUUACUUUAUGUUCAAGAGUUGGUUACUAUAUUACUUUGUGUUCAACAUUACUAAUAUUUCGUAAACCAUUUAACCUACCCAGAUUAGCCCGUAUCCCAGACCAUUUCCCUUCAUAUUUGAAUUAGGCAAGCCGCUAACGUCUGAUCUGCAACGUUGGAAGAACAGACAUCUAUACCAUAAGAAAGAAUGACUGUCUGUAAACAGGUGGAAUACACACAUAUAAGCAAUUGUUUAAGCCCCUCUCACUUCUCCGUUACCAUCGUUAGGUAAGCACUGUUAAGGAAGAACGGAGGAACAAAUGCUCAGUUUGCAAACAUACAAACAAUCAUUCAUCACUCAGCAGGGAGCAGCACCCACAUGCUUCAGCAGACAUAUAAUCCUCUCUCAUCUCCACACAGUUAGGCAGAGGAAAUAAAGGAAUGUUCAGGGGAGCCGGUCGGCCGAGCGGACAGCACACUGGACUUGUGAUCCUGUGGUCCUGGGUU